UUGAUCUGUUACGUAAAGAGUGGGAUACGUAGCAAAGGUCUUUCCACUAAAAUUGGGUUACACAGGAAGAAAACUCUUUCCUUCUGCGUUUCCUUUCCAAUGUAAUCAUACACAACAGUUUCGAAAAUAUUGAGUACGUUAUUGUGAGGUUUCAUUUAUUGAACAGGUUUGUUAUCGAAUAAUUCGAUUACACCCAUCACUGUGAUGCAUGAUCACAGGCGAAUCGACAUUAUGAAGUAGUAGAAGUGUGUGUAAAGGAGAUCGAAUGAUUGUAAUGCGAUCGCGGAGUAGACUGAACACAAACUUGAAAGUGAAGGAAUUGGAGUGACAAUGCUAGAACUCAGUAUCUGAUACUGACAGAUGUUAAAGAUGAAGAGUAGUACUGAAGAAUCUCAGCAAAUUCAGCCUCGACUGUGUGGCUACAUGACAGUUGGAUGGGACAGGGUCCCGGGAAAAUCUCGAUGGCUGCGUCUGUCACCCGAUAAUUGCAAGUUGUACGUGUAUAAGACUGAACAGGAUCCUGUACCAAUAAAAGAUGUGGAUAUUUCACGUGCAGUUUUCCACUACGAUGCUCAGAAAACUGACGAUGCUCAAUUUUGUAUAAGAAGCGGUGGAGAAAGCCUGCUGUUGGAUGCUGGAAAUCUCCAGAGACGCACCUACUGGUUGGAACGUUUAAGAAAGGCAAGGAAGAGUUUUGGUGGGAGGUGUUUGUAUCUCGUCCAAGAUCCUGAACUGCGGGCGUGUUUCGCCCCUAAGGGGAAUCUGAUCAUUCAGCCUCACACAGGUCUUCUGUCGCCCGCCUCUAAAAGCAAUAUUCCGCAAGUGCCUCAGACGGUUGACAACGCACCUGAAAUUCUGACUACACCUCCACCUGUUGUGUUGCGACAUCGUCCUAAUAGAGGAGAUUAUCGUGACAGAUCUUCAACCAGCAGUUGCAGCCAGGGAGUAGAGAAGUCGGCUUUCGAAAGAGGUGGUGAUGGUGCUUCAAGCCUUUCUCCGUACACUUUAUCUAGUCUUGGCAAGCGCAUCAGGCAUUCUUUCAGGGAGAAACGCCAGAGCCUAAGACAGAGCGUUGAUGCCUGCCAUAAAUCAGAUCCGUCGGCAAGAGACUGUGAUGGAUGCAAACAGUUUUCUAGUCAAAUACUGGCGUUGCAAGAAGACCUGAAGGCCACGGAAGACGAAUACAUCGCAUCUCGACAAGUGAUUGACAUCCUGCAAGCUCAAGUUGAAGUCCUUACAAGGGAAAAGGAAGGGCUAUUGGAAGCCCAUAAACGGACAUCGAAAAAUGGGGGAAACGAGAUGCUUCGAAUGCUGCAGGAGAAGGAAGUGGCUCUGGCAACUUUGGAGCGGCAGUGCCGGAAGCUCAGUACGCAGGGAGAGGAGCUGGAAGGGAAGGUCGAACAACUUAAGGAUGACACCGCGUUGUACAAAGAACUGCUUCAGGCAAAAGAUCAGGCUAUUGUGAAUCUGACAAAUCAACUUCAUGACUGCAAAACAGUUGGCGUGGGGAGAAGCACACAGGCAACUCAGACUGAUCAGACGGGGGAAAGUGUCGGUGACGCCUUUGAAGCCUACGCUUCCCAGAACAAGUUCUUGAAUGAAGAACUGCUGGAGGUGAACCAGUUAUUACAGGAGUCUGUGCGUCGGGAAGAUAAAUUGCUUGUUGAAGCCAGUGAAUGGGAGGCUCGCUUCUAUCAGACCCAAAGCAAGUACAUGCUACUUCUUAAUGAACUACAGAUACCACAAAGUAAUGAGAACAGUAUCAGGUUUCGUGAACUGAUUGCUCGGCUUAUGGGCGACUCUGUGACCGGAAGUCCUCCGUCGUUAAGAAGUUCCAACAGAACUUACAAUGUGUAUGGUUUCCAGCAGGAUGUCGUGCUGGGAAACAGGUCACCAGUCGCACAGGCGUUGAAUGCAAACCAGGUGGCCCAGUGGGAUGGGAUUGUAACUUCUUUAGACAAUUUAGAGGUACAGCAUGUCGCUGGUUUAAAGGCGUUGGUACGCAAUGGGAUUCCAUAUCAUCACAGAGGUCGGGUGUGGAAAGCAGUCUUGGAGCAUCAUCUUCGAGGAUUUCGCAAUUUCUGUGAACCUGAAUACUACAAAACAGUUUUCCAAGUUGCGUCACACCCUCAUACCUCCCCGGCAGCCAAGCAGAUUGAAACUGAUCUCCUGCGCACAUUGCCCAACAACAAGCAUUAUGAGUGCAUAAGCGCAGAUGGCAUUCCAAAGCUCCGCCGCAUUUUGCUUGCUUUCAGUAUUUACAAUGCAGAUGUUGGAUACUGUCAGGGUUUGAACAGGAUAGUCGCAAUACUGUUGUUGUUCUUGUCUGAGGAAGAUGCCUUCUGGGGCUUAGUGUACAUCGUGGAGAAGCUGAUGCCUUCAGACUACUACGGCCCGCAGCUUGCAGGAGCUCAGAUCGAUCAGCGUGUACUGAAGGAUUUGAUAUCUGAAAAGUUGCCCCGUUUAGCAGCUCACUUGGCCUACUACAGUGUGGACAUCUCUCUAGUCACGUUCAAUUGGUUCUUAUGCAUAUUUGUUGACAGCCUUCCUGUGGACCUGUUUUUGCAACUCUGGGAUGCAUUUUUGUUUGAGGGCUCCAAGGUCCUGUUCCGCUAUGCACUGGCUGUGCUGAAGCUGAAUGAAACUGAAGUCCUGAAACAGACGGAUUAUGUGAGCAUUCUCACAACCCUGAAAAAUCGCGUGGAGAACAUUACAGAUAUUGACGAAGUCACUCGAGUGGCGUUCCAGGAUCUUAACCCUUUCUCCAUGAAGAUUAUCUCCCAGAAGAGGGAACAUCAUCGAAAAAGUCUGAAGGUAGAGUUCAAGAAGAUGGAGGCUGUGCGGAAGGAGUACCAGCAGAAACCAGUGGGAGAAUGUCCAGAUAGCAAUGGGAACAAGACAUGAUUCUUUUUUACUUAUAAUUCAUUACCAAUGUCGAAUAUUAGAAUGUGGCUGGUGCCAAAUAUAUUUUUAAAAAGUA